UCUUCCCAAAUCAUCAAACUCCAUUUCACUUUCACUAUGAAGCUUGUCUGGUCGCCGGAAACUGCUUCUGACGCCUACAUCGACACCGUUAAAUCGUGUAAGAGCUACAAAGAAUCAGGAGUGGCGGAGUUUUUAUCAGCUACGGCGGCUGGAUGGAACGCGAGGCUGAUCGUUGAGACAUGGUCACGCGGCGAUCCAAUCACGACUAGCGUCGGACUCGCGGUUGCUGCAACUCACACGCGCGGAAGACACGUGUGUAUAGUACCUGACGAGCAAUCUAAACUUGAGUACGUGUUGGCCAUGAGAGGAGUCGUUACGACGGAGACGACGGAGGUUGUGGUGGUCGGAGAAUCUGUUGAGAACACGAUGGAGGAGUUUCUCGGUGUGGAUUUCUUGGUGGUGGACUCGAAGCGGCGAGAUUUCGUUAGAACGCUGAGGUUUGCGAAAUUGAGCAACAAGGGUGCCGUUUUGGUGUGUAAAAACGCCGCGCAGAGAGCAAUCUCUGGGUUUAAAUGGCACGAUGUGUUGAAAGGAGGUACACGUGUAGUUAGAUCCGUGUUUUUACCGGUUGGGAGUGGGUUGGAUAUCGUACACGUGGGAGCUACUGGUGGCCACCAACGUGGUGACUCGAGGAUGCUUCCUAGCCGUUGGAUUAGACACGUGGAUCAUCUAUCGGGAGAGGAGCAUUUGUUCAGACGCUAGAUUUGGAUUUCCUGUUUUACCCUUUUCCACCACUUCAUUUUCUCUGUGUCUAAAAUCUAAAUGAUGUAUAUAUACGUUACAAAAACUUUUAACAAUUUUCCAAACUCGAAAGUUAUUAUAUGUUGCGUUUACCGAAUGUAAAUUAUUGACAUAACGACUUCAAACAACAUCUACAACAUUAUUUGAUUGAUACAUGGUUUCCUAAUGACUAAAAAAAAUAGUUGCUG